AUGCGACUGCAGGAUACUGAGUCAUUUUUUAAUUUCUUCCGGGUGACUCCGCAAAAAUUUGAUGAAUUGUUAUCAGUUGUUGGUUCACGAAUUACAAUGAAGGCCACUUCAUUCAGGAAUCCCAUCUCUGCACAAGAAAGAUUAGCUAUUACUAUAACAUUCUUGGCGAGUGGUGAUUCCAUGACCAGCAUCUCCUACCUGUUUCGUGUUGGGAAACCAACAGUUUCAAAAAUCGUUAGACAGGUGUGUGAUGCUAUAUGGGUUGACUUGUCUCCAGUGGUAUUAAAACCACCUACAACAGAAAAGUGGAGGAAAAUAGCUACUAUUAUAAACAAUGAGUGGGAAUUUCCAAACUGCAUUGGAGCUGUUGAUGGGAAACAUAUAGUAAUGCAGGUAAAUUUUUCAUUUAUAGUGCUGAUUGAUUUUUUUAAACCAAUAAGAUUAUAUGUAUGAAUUAGAAACUCAA